GAGAGUCUGGUAAAUAUGCAAAGGAUUCGAGCCGCACAAGAGCCAACUCCUGAGUAUGCAUCCCGAAACCAAUCCGAAGACUUGACCCUAGGCCCAGCUUUCCUGCAGAGCCUUUCCAGUACCUAGACAGCCUUCCAGCUCUCCUGCUCCCGGGAGCGCGAGCCAACUGAGGAGGAGGCCUGCAGAAGCCCCGCCUCCGGGAGCUGACGGCGGUUGUCUUGACAGUUCCGCCUGCCGCUCUGAGGAGGAGGGCUUAGUUGGCCUUGCCGGGGGGUGCGCGGCCGGGAGAGCGGCCCUCGGGGCUUUUCCCCAGCCGAGAAGGGGCCACCAUGAACAAGUCGGAGAUGGCGGACGAGGCGCUCUUCCUGUUGUUGCACAACGAGAUGGUUUCUGGGCUGUACCGCGCCGCGGAGCAAGGUGACGGGGAAAAUGGACGAUGCAUCACAAAACUGGAAAAUAUGGGAUUUAGAGUAGGACAGGGGUUAAUAGAAAGGUUUACCAAAGAUACUGCCAGAUUCAAGGAUGAAUUAGAUAUAAUGAAGUUUAUUUGCAAAGAUUUUUGGACUACUGUAUUCAAAAAGCAAAUUGAUAACCUCAGAACCAACCAUCAGGGCAUCUAUGUACUCCAGGAUAACAAAUUCCGUCUCCUGACUCAGAUGUCUGCUGGUAAACAGUAUUUGGAACAUGCACCUAAGUAUUUGGCAUUCACUUGUGGAUUGAUCAGAGGUGCUUUAUCAAAUUUGGGAAUAAAGAGUAUUGUGACAGCGGAAGUUUCAGCAAUGCCUGCAUGUAAAUUUCAGGUGAUGAUACAGAAGAUUUAGAAAAUGUAUAGAAGAAAACACCUGCCCUGUAAUAUCUUGAAAUUGUAUAUUUUAUUUAUAAUUGCAGUUUAAUGCAGAGGUCCUGUGUCUAUGUGAAACAUCUGUUUUGCCAAACAUAACAUGAAAGUUAUGACUGUUGUAGAUUUUUAGUAAUGUCCUAUACCUGCAAGUAUGUAAAGAUAGUGGAUUCCUGAUUAAAUACUAAGUUUAAAUAUCUGAUUUGUUGUUUUGGCCUAGCAGUGCAGCAUUUAUUGAGGGCCUUAUAAACAGGCAAACGCUCUGAGCUAAUAGCUGACCACAUUCUGAAGUUCUGUGAAGUUGCUGAAGCACCCAGGUUCUUCUAAGUCCUGCUUUAUUCAUACAGAAUUUUCUGAAGAACUAUGUAUUCCAUGUUUGUGCGCAAUGCAAUUAUUCCAGACCUUCUGAGUUAAAAAAAAAAAAAGGAUAAAAUUCUUUGUGACUUUCUUAUAAAGAUAAAUGGCACUACAGCCUCACUGCCUUUAGCAAUGCACAACAAUUUGUAUAUAUUUAAUCUUGUUAUGUUAUAAAUUGACUAAUAUACUUUGUCUUGAAAAGCUAGAGCAGGCUGUUAUCUGUAUAUACUGAAAAAUUAUUACUGAAAUGAGGCCUAAUAUCCCCUUUAA